GUUUGUGUUCAUAUCACUACAUGAUGGUCCAGGACUGACACACUGCCAUGACUGUUUUUACAGGCAAAAAUAAGAGAGUGGGGAAGCAAUUGGCUUCCCAGAAAAUCCUGCAGCUCCUGCACCCCCACGUGAAGAACUGGGGCUCUCUCUUGCGGAUGUACGGGAGGGAGAACAGCAAGCUGGUUAAACAGGAAACCUCUGAUAGAAGUGUGAUAGAGCUUCAGCAGUAUGCCAAAAAGAACAAGCCAAAUCUGCACAUCCUGAACAAGUUACAGGAAGAAAUGAAAAAACUGGCACAGGAAAGAGAGGAAACACGAAAGAAACCCAAGAUGACAAUAGUGGAGUCGGCUCAGCCUGGGAGUGAACCUCUCUGCACUGUUGAUGUGUGAGGAGAAAAUGCAAGUGGGGAGCAAUAACACAAACGGAGGAACUAGAUUCUCAACAAUUAUUUAAAAAUUGUUUGCUGCAGAAUGCAAGAUAACUUUUAAAAUCCAAGCUGCUUCAGUUAUGCAUUGUUCUUUUUGCAUCAUCAGGGCAAUAUUACUUUUUCCUAGUUUCUUUUUCUUUGGUUAGGUAUUUUUCCUUUUUUAAUACCUCUGAGAUAUGUACGUUUAAAGGAUCGAUCAUAAAGGUCUCUUACUUGGCAAAUGCACAGAGCACAGGCAUGUUCACACAGGAUAAAAUCAAUCAAGCACUUUUUCCUGGAAAGCCAUCCAUGUUGUUUGAAAUGGAUGUAUUUUAAGUAUGAAAUUCAGAAAUUCUAUGUACAGGUUGAAGCCGAUAUUAUAUAUAUACACAUUCAUAUAUAUGUAUAUAUAAAAGAAAUAUAUGUACAUCUUCUUGUAUGAACAUGCCUAAAACUAUUUUUGUGAAAAGUUUUGUUGCAUUUCAGCACAUAAUAAUAUGCACUGAUAAGACACUUUGGUGACAAAUACAGGAAAGUGAUGAGCAAUGUUCCUAAUGCCAUAGGAUUAGGCCAGUAAUGCUGUUUUUGUUUUGCUUUUUGUCUCCUGCCAGGCUUAGUUAUUUGAGAGCACAGGAUACAGAUUUUUUUACUACUUGAAAAGAACAAGUACACCUGGUAGUGUUAAGAGUAACAGGUUGGAUAUCCAAAAUUACUGGACUUUAUUUGAAAUAAAAAGAGCCUGUGUUAGUUUACAGAUCACUUGAACGGGGAAAAUAUGGCCCUAGUUGUAUGAUUAAAAUAAAAACUGUAGUUUGAAAGGGUGUUUUCAAAGCUUGGAGCCAAAAUGCAGCUGAUGAUGGUUGAUAGUCUAAAUAUACUUUGCCAAUGAUGUGUUUAAAGACUUUCCACUCCCUUCUCCCAGCAAUAAAACAAUUUCUUAUUUGUUAGGUGUCAGAUUACAUCUGACUUGAUCAAUUAAGUCUUAAUUAAUUUGCACCAUAAAAGCAAAGAAUUUAAAAAAGAAUCAACACAACCCUAAAAUCUGAAAUAACUGCAGCAAUUUAGUUUUUUUUUAAGAAGCCUUUGUUUUUACUUUUUUUUAAUUACAUUUUUAGUUUUUAAAGACAAUGUGUAACUUCUGCAAACUAGAAUGUAGAUUUGGGUUAUGACAUAGAGUAAUGAGUAGAAUGAGACCAUAACUGGCUAUGCUCCUAACUAAGGAAGUCACAAAUAUGCAAAGUGUUCUCAGCUGCAGCACAGGCAGUGUGGGCAGCACAGACAGGAGGUGUUGGCAGGCACAGCACGGGAGGAGCUGCGGCUGCAGCCAAGGGCCCGCUCCUGGGGUUUGUUCUUCACUGGGUUCUCUGUGGCACUGCAGUGUCUGC